AUGACAGAAGUAUUGAUAAGGGACGACGAUUUAAGAUUAACUGAUGAUGAUAACGUCUCAAAUAAUAUGAAUGGCAUCAAAUCUGAAAAAUUGUAUGAUUUCCUACAGACUCUUUCCACUUGUAAGACAGAUGCAGUUAAUAAUUUCUGUGAUAUAACUCCUCAUGAAUUAUUACCUCUGUUAUUAGAUCAUUUAUUGGUUACAAUACCGAAUGAAUUAUUCUUAAAGAAUAGCGCUUAUGAUCAACAACGACUGGAGACGAUUAGUCGUUGGAUGACAGAGAAUUUUUUAAAACUGAAUCUUUUCCCAUUUACUAUUUUAAGAAUAUGUCAACUUUGUUAUGAUCCUUUCAAAUAUUUUAAGAUUAAUGAAUUGACAAAAUUCAUCAAUGCAUUAGAGAAAUGUUGUGUAGUGACAUCACCAUUAGACACCAAGGAUAAUACCGAUCCGGAAGUUAAGAAUUCCGAUAUGAACCAAAAGAACUGUCGUGGACCAACUGAAAUAGAGGAUGGCCUUGAAGGUAACGAUGAAGAUGUUUCAUUAGUAAAGAUUCCUUGGCUUGAUGAAGUAAAACCUGAUCCUGAAUUCCCACAAUUCUUAAAGGAUAUUGAUAAUAUUAUGAGCGUAAAUUUCGGAUAUGAUGAUGGAGAAGAAGAUGAGGAUGAGGAUGAAGAUAUGGAACAACAUCAGGGAUCUUUGGAUCGUGAUGAUAAUGAUAUCAUGAUGGGUGAUCACCCUGGUUCAAAUGUAAUAGUGGAAGAAUAUUAUGAAGACGAUGGUGAUAUUGAAAGUGAUAAUGUUAAUGUCAUGGACCAAGAAAUAGAUAGUGAUGAUGUGGAUGAUGAUGAUUAUAAUGAAAAUGCUUCAGAGAGUCCCAGUGAUGAGGAUGAGGAUGAGGAAGAAGAAGAAGAAGAAGAGGGAAAUGGUGCUGAUGAGAAUAAACAAACAUCUGUUCAAGAUACGAAGACCCCACGUAAGAGGAAACCAAUGGAACUUGAUAUAUUUGAUUAUAAUGAUAAUUCACAGGUAAGUAAUGAUGAAUUAACGACUCCUAAGAAAUAUAAACAGGAUGAUGGAACGUUAGUGAUAGAAUCACCCGUUGUGACGACUUCAUUGGAGUCCAAACAAUCUAAUAUAAUGGAUACAAAUACUGUUACUACAACUACUGAAUGUUCUAAACUUGAAGGAGUGGAUUCUACUUCAGAUUCAAGGUUGGAUAAGAGAAUUGUUGGUACUAAUAAUGUUGGUAGUACGAUGAUGACUGGGACCUCUAUGUUAUAUUCACCAUGUGAUGAGAAUGUUGUUACAGUGAAUAAUAAUGAAAAGAUGAGAGCGAUUACAGAUAUCAAUGAGACUAGUCCAUUGGGAAACAAGACAAGAUAA